AUGGGUGAGGACAAACUCUUCUAUGAGCAGUUGAGGCACUAUGUAUUCCAGCAUGACCUACUGGUUGAUAACCUCUACUACAAGGAUGUGAAGCUGACAGCAACCAAUGAUGAUCAGUACUUUGUCUUUGAAGACUUCCUCUAUCAGGUUCUCCUCAUCUUCUCGAGGGACACCAGUGUCCUGAAGCACUUCGGAAAGAGCUCUGCAACACCGGCAAAGUCAUACAUUAGAGGCAUGUUAGGUGUAGAUGAGUUUGCUGUUGUGUAUCCACCCAAUGGAGUCAUACCCUUCCAUGGAUUUGCUAUGUUUGUGGCUCCGUUAUGUUUUGUCUACGACCAGCCAGCGGAUCUGUACUAUGUCUUCCGUGAGAUCUACAUGAGGCACCUGUUUCGUCUUCAUGCCAUCUCCUCUCAUCCUCAGGGUAUCUUAUCUCUGUGCAUCCUGUUUGAGGGUCUUCUACAAACCAUCCAACCUCAGCUCUUCUUUCAUCUCAAACAAAUCAACGCACAGCCACUCAAGAUUGCCUUCAAGUGGAUGAUGAGAGCGUUCUCUGGGUACCUUGCCAGUGAUCAGCUGCUUCUCCUGUGGGACAGGAUUCUUGCCUAUGACAGCACUGAACUUCUUGCAGUUCUUGCGGUAGCCAUCUUUUGCUUUCGUCGGACCAACUUGAUGGAAGCGUCAACUCUAGCCUCGGCUGAUGCAAUCCUUGCUGAUAUCUCAACCAUCCAGAUCAUGCCCUUGCUUCAAAUCGUCCUCUUCCCUUGACAUCAUAACCAUAGCAACGUUUGGAUCACGCUGCCCAUCGGUCAAAGAUUUAAGGCUAUAUGAUGAGAUGUCUGGAGAAGUCUUCAAAUCAUGCUGGCUUACAAGACUCUGUCCUACAUGGACUUGCAGCUCCAGUCAAAUUUCUCUUUGGUCUAAGCAUGCAUCUAUGUCAGGAGAUGCAGUUGUUGACCCUUCCUCUUCAAUGUUCCUGUAAUUUUGCUAUGCUGUCAUUAAAUACAGGUCCUCAAAAAAUGUCCUGAUGCUAUCCUCAACUAGGCUUUCGCUGAAACUCCUAGCUGUGAAUUUUCUUUUCGACUUCAGUCCAAGAAGUUGUUUUUUUACCACUCUAUACCUCCAUCAUGAUUUUCAAGGUAUUAUUUAAAUACUUUCCUUAGUUGAAAUAUCUGAGGGUGCGUUUAUUGGGUCUUGCCACUAGAUAUGUACAUAUCGUACCCCACUAUCGAACCCCACUAUCGAACCCCACUAUACGAAGGUGAUUUGCAGGAUGUCGCGUUUAUC